AUGUUUGGUAUUUUUAAUCAUUUGAACAACACAACAUCUUCAACAAAAAUUACACCAAUAACAGUCUCAAUUGAAUAUGAAACAAAAGAUAUUUUAGUUGAUUCAGAUGCAGAAAAAUAUGAAUGUAAUUAUUAUUCAGAAUAUUCUAUUGGAAAUCAUGCAAGUGCUCUUCAAUGCAAAGAAGGUCAUUUAGUUUGUUCAAAUUGUUGGGAAAGUCAUUUAAGAACAAAAAAAGAUUGUAUGAUUUGUAAAAUGCCAAUUUCAGAAUUAUCAAGAAAUAGAAUUUUUGAAAAUGAAUAUUCUGAUUGA